GUAUCAUGUGACUAUGUGAGCCUCAAAUUCUUUAUAUGUAAGAGAGUGAACGGAGCACAAACACUUGUCAUCAUCUUCACAAUUCCAAUUCAACAAAGAAGAAAGGAAACGACACAAUGCUCUUCUCCCUCUAAAAGGGUAUCGAAUUAUAUAAGCAAUGAGUUCGUUUAUCAAUUUCAAGAACUGCAAGCCCAUGGUAGCAAAUUCAUCAUUGACCGAACAAUCUUCCAUAUACGCAUUGACUUUUGGUGAAUUACAAAACACAUUUGGUGGAAAUGGGGAAGAUUUCGGAUCAAUGAACAUCGAUGAGCUUUUGAAGAAAAUCUGGACUACUGAAGAGACUCAAUCAAUGACAUCAAAUUCCAAUUUGGGCAUAAACGGAAAAUUUCAAAAGCAAGGAUCGUUGAUUUUACCAAGAACAAUUAGUCAGAAAAAGGUGGAUGAAAUUUGGAGAGAUUGUCUUAAAGAAAAUGGCGGAUUUAAAGAUGUGGAUUUGAUCAAAGAACCAACCAUUCAGCCACAAGAAAAGCAACCAACUUUGGGUGAAAUGACACUAGAGGCAUUUUUGCAGAGAGCAGGGGCAAUUUCGGAAAACAACCAAACUCAAGGGUUCAAAAACGUGAUUCAAAAUCAAGGGUUUCGUCAAGAAGCAGUAGUUACGGAGGGUAAAAAUGACAACUUGCAGGGUGUUGGUUCCUCAAAAGUGCAAAAACUUCAAAAAAUUCUCCCGAAACAAUCCGCCUUCAACUUUAGAUCUUCAGUAAAUUUAGUGAAUAAUAAUCAUAUGAGUAGUCGUGAAAAUGGGGUUUCUAUAAUUGGAAAGAUUGGUCAUUCAAUAAAGACUGAUUAUCCAUCAGAUUUGUACCAAAAUGGCAAUUUGGACAUGUCACCAUCACCACCACCCUGUUAUGGUGGUAGCUAUGAAGGAAAGAGGAGUGGUGUGUUGGAGAAAGUGGUGGAGAGAAGGCACAAAAGGAUGAUUAAGAACAGAGAAUCUGCUGCAAGGUCAAGGGCUCGAAAACAGGCAUAUACAUUGGAAUUAGAAGCAGAAGUUGAAAAACUUAAAGAGGAGGUGCAGAAAAAGCAGGAUGAAAUCAUGGAAUCGCAACAUUUUCAGAUAUGGGAGAAGACAAAGCUGACUGAAAAUGGAAGAUUAUGCUUGCGAAGAACGAUGACAGGACCUUGGUAGAUAAAUGCAUCAUAAAAUAUAUUUAUAAUACAUAAUAGAAUGUGAAAAGUACAAAGACUAGGGUUUCCAAGAGUAGAUAAUGACCAAUGAUAAGUGAUGCACACGAGGUAUGAGUUAACAUAUAUGCUCCAGAUUUGGUUAUUUCUGCUCUAGACAUAAGGAUUUGAGUGUGUAUAUGUACAUUAUUUUGAUCUUGUUUCUCUACACAUUGUAUAGAUGUGUUUGUGUAUGUACAGAGACCAUAUAACUUUCAGAUGUAUAAUUAUGUUGAAUCUUGUUCGUAUGUAAUUUUUAGGCUUUUGUAGUUUGAUCUCUCA